AGAAGCAAGGAGCAGUGACCUCGCCCUAGGUGCAAGAGCGAGGCGGAUCAUUCCGAAGGUGCAAGAGCGAGGUGAGUCAUUUCGAAGGUGCACGAGCCAGGUGCGGGACAUCUUCAAAGCAGUUAUGGGAAACUCCUCGUCGCUUCUUACUCAGUACGACUUGGAGGAUCUCCAGAAUCAUUGCAGCAACCUUUAUUCGCAGCGAGAGAUAAUUGCCCUAUAUGAGCGAUUUUGCCAGUUGGACCGUACUAGCAAGGGUUUUAUCUCUGCUGAUGAGUUCAUGGGCGUGCCCGAAUUUGCUGUCAAUCCUCUCUGCCAGAGGUUGUUGAAGAUGCUGGAAGGAUUGAAUUUCAAGGAAUUUAUAGCUCUGCUUUCAGCCUUUAGUGCACGUGCGACGAAAGACGACAAAUUGAAGUUUAUUUUCAGGGUGUAUGACACUGAUGGAAAUGGCAAAGUAACCAGUAGCGAUAUGUUGCAAGUUCUACGCGAUCUAUCGGGGAAUUUCUUGACGGAUGAGCAGCGCCAGUCGGUUUUGAAUCAGGCUCUUGAACAAGCUGGAUACACGGUGGAUUCAGCUCUAACACUGCUAGAUUUUAAGCAGGUUUUGGGAAAGGCAGACCUGAAAAUGGACGUGGAAGUUCCGGUGGACUGAAAAUGUAGCGCAGAAUUGUAUUGUAUUCAUUAGUAAUCGCAUUACCUUUUAUUGUAGCCUUGCACAUGAUGUAGGCUAGGGUUGCUCACAUUGACUAAGCUUUACUCGUCGUAUGGCUGUGAAAGUGUAUUUGGAUAAGUUCUCUACUACAGAUACUGGAUGAUUUGUUUUUUUAUUUUUUUAUUUUUUUCCGAAUUGUGAUGUUCAUUCA